AUGACUGCCCUUGAUCCUGGACUUCUAAUGCAUGAAGGCGAACUGGCAGUCCUAACUGAAUUAUCCUUGGCUUGCCAGGAGCGAGGCUGGGGUAAAAUGGCAAUCGUCAAUUUAGUUGGAUUGUGCGUUGCUAUGAACUUUACCGAUGUUUAUGAGCCCAGACUACAGUACAGGUCCAAAGACUGCCGGCUAUGA